UUCCUCUUCUUUCUUCCUCUUCUUUCUUCCUCUUCUUUCUUCCUCUUCUUCCUCGUGUCAUUGAACCCAGUUGCUGGGUUCGACAAAACCCCGUCUGGGUUCGCUGGAACCCAGUGCUGGGUUUGACGGAACCUAGCCUGGGUUCCACCGAACCCAGAACCCAACUCCACUUUUUUUUUAUGUUUGUUUAUAUGAACAACUUUUUUUUUGUUCUGAUGAAUCACAAAAUUGUUCAUCUCUAUUCUCUGAAUAUGCUUUUUUAUAUUUUUCCUUGUGUUGUUCCAGUGCCCAUGGAUUGGGAACUGCAGCUUUGUCAGCUAAGGAACCCAAGGCUCUUACCUUCUGCGCCAUCGCAUAUGCACUCACAGGGUUGGCGACCGAUAACCUUUGCCAGAAAACAAAGUAGAAAAUGGUGGGCAUCAAAUGGAGUGAUGCAAGGAAAGCCAAUGAGGGAAUGGAAAAGGACAGAUGAUGUCAAAAAGUUCCAACGAACCCAGUUCUGCUGGGUUCAGUGGAACCCAGACGGGGUUUUGUCAAACCCAACAAAUUGGGUUCAAUGACCCAAGGAAGAAGAGGAAGAAAGAAGAGGAAGAAAAAAAAAGAAAAGGAGAAAGGAAGAAAAUGAACGAAAUUAUUUUAU